UAUGUAACAUUCAAAACAGGAUAUCCAGAACAUUUCACGGAAGAAUUGUUGGAAUGUAUUCAUAUUCAUGUCGUGAGCGGACGCGUCAGCUUCAUGAUAAAUCAUGUUCAAAGGGAGACAACUUCAUUGACCCCCCUGCACGUCAAUCUUGCGACAAUGGCUGACUUAACUGGGAAAGGGCUGUUUUCUACCAAAACCGUAUGCAUUGUCGCCGGCGCCAGCAGAGGCAUCGGAAGAAGUAUCGCUGUCAACUUUGCAUCUAAAUUUCCGCCAGGAUCCCUAGUUAUAGCGUUAUCGAGGGAUGUGGAACAGCUGACAGUGACCAAGACUCUGUCAACGAAAGCAAGUCCCGCUGUUCUGAGCGUGACCCAUGUUUUUGACCAGGGGACGCUUGAUCAACAUAAAUACGAAACAUUAUUCAAAGACUCCCUCCAGGGGAGAUCAACAAGUGAGUUCCAGCAGGCAAUGAUCAUACACAAUGCUGGAUCUGUUGGAAGUGAGUUCUGUCGGAAUUUGACAGACGUGAACCAAGUAUCUCACUACCUCAAUGUGAAUGUGGCCGGACUUGUUGCACUGAAUGCUCAGUUUAUGCAAGUGUUUAAAGAUGUACCUUCUAAAGUGGUUGUCAACAUGUCAUCACUCUCUGCAGUGCAACCCAUGGCCAGCUGGGGACUUUAUUGUUCAGGCAAGGCUUUCCGUGACAUGUUCAUGAGGACACUUGCACUGGAGCAGCCUGACAUCAGGGUGCUGAACUAUGCCCCUGGUCCUGUUGACACCAAUAUGUUUCAUAAAGAGGGUAUCCAGGAGACAAAAGCUGAAGACCAUCUGGAAGCUUUAAGAGCCAUGAAGAAAAACCUCCUUGCCCCAGACACUACAGUAAACAGACUCAUCGCCAUAUUGGAGAAAAAUGUUUUUGAAAGUGGAGCUCAUAUUGAUUACUAUGAUGAACAGUGAUAAAACUUCCCCGUUGAAAGGGACAUUUCAAAGUGUUACAUUUUCGUCCAGAUGUAUGAUUGAAUUACAUAACAAGAGUUUCUCAAAGCAAAAGUGUUCUCAAAAGUUAAGAUGAUAUGAGCUGCAAUCAUAAUCAUCAUCAUAAAAACAUUUAUAUAGUGCCAGUUCCAGUCCAUAAGUACAACUCGAAAAUGAAAAGUUGGACACUGUAUGUUUUCUUUAAAAGGUAUGUCUUCUGUUUAGAUUUGAAAAUUUUCAGUUUGUUAAUAUUGUCCAGUGGAAGUUGAUUCCAGAGAGUGGGUCCUGCCACCUGAAACACCUGGCUAUGUCUCCUAAGGGGCAGGUGUAAACUGUGAAUAACAAGGGCCCUAAGACAGAUCCCUGCGGAACUCCAUAUGCAAGCUCCUUGGAGUCAGAUGAGUGGUCACCGAUUACGACAUGUUGGUAUCUUUCUGAUAGGUAUGAAUGAAUCCACUGAAGCACAGUCAUACCUACUCUUUCCUUCAGGGUGCUGAUGAGGAUGUCAUUGUCGAUCUAAAAGAAUUAGAAUUGCAGCACCAUUCUUGUCAAGUCCUUGAAGGAGGUCAUUCAGGUCACCAAGGCUGUUUCCAUACUAUGGUGUGUAUGGCAUGCAGACUGCAGUGAUGGGCAGUGAUGUGCUCUUUCAGUCUGUGUGCUACCAGUAUCACAUGUUCCAAAAGUUUGGAGACAAAAGGAAGAUUUGACACUGGCUGCUAAUAUUUCAAAAUUUCUGGGUUGAGGUUUGGUUUCUUCUGCAGUGGGGUGAUAACUGCCUCCAUAAAAGGCACAGGAACAUAUCAGUCAGACAGAGAUAAAUUGAUCAUGUGGGUCAGGAUGGGUACUCUCUGCAUAGACUGUAAUCGUACAACGUUCCUCUGGUGCAUGUUUAUCUACAAUACUUGUUGUGUUGCCAUUGUACAUAUCAUAAACAUCAGAAACAGAUAAACCGUCAUUGUCUGACAACUCUGGUACCAAAUCAGAAUUGAAUGUGUCAAUGGGAAUAUCUUUCCACUUUCUGCAAUGUAUUGUCUUACAUUCUGGCUUUGGUGAUUUUGUUUACUUCGUACAACACAGCAAAGUGAUCUGACUGUACAGAUUGAUCUAGUCUGAUGCUGUCCACAUUCACUUCAUCCUGGUGUGUGAUGCUGUCAUAUGCUGAACCAGACUAUGUGAGUGUAGCAGUCCUAGGAAUGACGCACCAUCUUUGUCUCACAAACCAACUGAUAGUUAAAAUCCCCACAGAGAAGUAUUUGUCAACAAAUAUUUUUAUCUACAAUAGUAGUAUGGACAUUGAGAGAAAGGACCACCCCACAUUAUGAAGUAUUUUCACCCCACUUCUGCUCCACAGCCCCCACUAAAAUAAUACUGGACAUUUUGUGUUUGUUGCAAUUGCACUAGGCAUAGAAAUUUGUUGAUGUGUUUUUUGCUGAUUGUGUGUAACAUCAAUAGGUAAAUGACGAUAUCUUGUUGGUAGGUAUGCAGCGAUCCCACUCUCUUUCAGCAGGAACCCACCGAUGAAAUUCAUCAACGAGUUGAUCAACGUAUUUGUCUGCCAUUGCUUUGCAUGUAAAUAAACA